CAGCCCCCGACCCUGCAAUCAGCCCCACGCGCCGCGUCCUCACACUUUGUCAUCCCAAAUUGCCAAAGUACAGGCUCUGUCCAGUGUUGUGUCUGCCUGGGGCAGCCACUGACACCUGACUCAGGGUGGGGGAAGGGGCAAAUCACCGGGGUUUCAGGGUUCCGGUCACCUCUGGCAGGACACAUUCUUGUGGUGAGGAAACUGGAUCAAUAGUGUUUACCAAAGAGCUCAACAGAGCCAGUGUGCUUGUGGGGCACACCCAUCACUCCUGCUGCAUCCCCCUUCCUGUACCCCGCAGCUGGGGAGGGAUGGGGAGUAUCCAAGUGCCCCGGGAUGAGGACAAAGCGGGGUGGCCACGUUUGUGGUCACACAACGGUGACAUGGUGACAGGUUUGCCCGCUGCGGACGCAGAGACGCCGAAUGAAGGUCAGACCCCAAAGAUCAUGGGAGCAUCACCAGAUUGGUGGCUCACACUGCAGGAAGGACACCUGGGGGGGCAAGAAGGAUGGGGGACGGGGGGGCACCCAGUGCAGCAUCCCCUUCCUGCCAUGCACCCAGAACCCAUCAUCCCGGGAGUGAGCAAGAGGUGACGGCAGCAACAGCCCCGGGUGCCUCGGGGCCGCGUCCCACUCACGUGCGCGGCAGCCGGCGCAGGAUUUGGGGUGUUUCCCCUCCUCUGCGGUCGGGAGUGCCGCGCGUUCCCCCCCCGGGCGAGCGGGGCCGGGGCGGUAAGUGCUGCCUCGGCCGCUUAUAUUUCAGGCGCGGGACUGUUGGCUCCGUGCUGACCAGGGCACACAGGCAACCCAUUGUUGGAACCCCUCCGACGCGGCGGCGAGCAGGUACUGACCAUGGAAAUGAUGUCGAUGCAGACGAGUGGGCUGGUGACAGCCAUCGUGGGCUUUGUAGCCACUAUCCUCAUCUGUGCCCUGCCCAUGUGGAGGGUGACAACCUGCCUCGGCUCCAACAACGUAGGGACCCAGUCGUACACGGACGGGCUGUGGGUGACCUGUGUCAACGAUGGCACGGGGCAGUCGCAGUGCAGGUAUUACAGCUCCCAGCUGGAGAUCAGCCCCGACUUGCUAAUUGCCCGUCCCCUGGUGGUCACCGCCCUCAUCACGACCUUCGCCGCCAUCAUCAUCUUCGUCAUGCGUGGAGCCUUCUCCGGCUGCAUGGGCGGCAACCGUGGCAACAGGGGCGCGAUCAUCGCUUUGACAGGCUCCCUGUUCUUCACGUCCGCCAUUCUGAUCCUCGUCAGCGUCUCCUUUACUGCCAGCAACAUCAUCAACAACUCCUACACCCCCACGGGGCCCGAGGCCGUCAGUAGAGAGCUGGGGGCUGCCAUCUACAUCGGCUUCAUCGCCUUUGCCCUCUUGCUCGCCAGUGGGAUUGUCCUGAGCCGCUUGGGAAUCCAAUACCCACAGGAUUCCUAUACCAAGAAUUACAAAGGGGUGAAGACCUGCGAUUCAACAGGCUACCCCAUGAAGGACUACGUGUGA